AGCGGUAAAGGGUUCCCCUCUGCGGCGGCGGCGGCAUGGCGGUGAGGUUGCGCCGGGUCUGUCGGGAGGUGCUGCUGGAGCCCCGCUACACGCCGCUGGUGGCCGCCUGCCUGUGCCUGGCGGAGGGCGGCGUCAACCUGUGGGUGAUCCGCAGGGUGCCCUACACCGAGAUCGACUGGCAGGCGUACAUGCAGGAGGUGGAGGGCUUCGCCAACGGCACCCGCGACUACGCGCGGCUGCGGGGCGACACCGGGCCGCUGGUUUACCCCGCCGGCUUUGUGUACCUCUUCCUGGGGCUGUACUACGCCACGGGCCGCGGGGCCGACAUCCGCCUGGCGCAGCACAUCUUCGCCGGGCUCUACCUGCUCAACCUGCUGCUCGUCUUCCGCAUCUACUGCCGCACCUGCAAGGUCCCCCCGUACGUCUUCUUCUUCAUGUGCUGCGCCUCCUACCGCAUCCACUCCAUCUUCGUCUUGCGGCUCUUCAACGACCCCGUGGCCAUGGCCAUCCUCUUCCUCGCUAUCAACUUCUUCCUGGAGGACCGCUGGUCCUGGGGCUGCCUGCUGUUCAGCCUGGCCGUGUCAGUGAAGAUGAACGUCCUCCUCUUUGCACCCGGGCUGCUCUUUCUCCUCCUGCAGCGCUUCGGCCUCUUGGGCUGCAUCCCCAAGCUCUGCAUCUGUGCCGUGCUCCAGGUGGCCUUAGGGCUGCCCUUCCUGCUGGAGAAUCCCGUGGGGUACCUGACACGCUCCUUCGACCUGGGCCGUCAGUUCCAGUUCAAGUGGACAGUGAAUUGGCGCUUCCUCCCAGAGGAGGUGUUCCAGCACCGGGCUUUCCAUGUAGGGUUGCUUUUGGCACACCUGUCUGGCUUGGUGCUCUUUGCGCUGCACCGAUGGCACAGCAGGUCCAAAGAAAGCAUCCUAUCUCUGCUGAAGGAUCCAGUCGAGAGGAAGCACCCAUCUCCCCCCCUGAGUGUCAACAAGAUUGUCUUCAUCCUCUUCUCCUCCAACUUCCUGGGCAUUUGCUGCAGCCGUUCCCUGCACUACCAGUUCUACGUCUGGUACUUCCACACACUGCCCUACCUGCUGUGGUGCACCCCAACCUCCAAGCUCGCUCACAUGCCCAAGGUGCUGUUGCUGGGCGUGAUAGAGCUCUGCUGGAACACCUACCCCUCCACUGUCUGCAGCUCCCUCUCCCUGCACAUCUGUCACGGACUGGUCCUACUCCAGCUGUGGUAUGGCACAGCCCUGCCACCAGCCCCACAGCCACCCCAGCCCAGCAAGAAGUCCGAUCCCCUCUCCAGGAAGGCACAGUGAGAGCGCUGGCUGGACAAUGGGAAGGGACUCCAGGUCGGCUCCUCUGCUUGCUCUUCUGCCUGCCUUGCUUCCAGGUUGCCCCUGGCCACCUGAGGAGGGCCGUGAGCCCUGGAACUACAAAGGGAGCAAUGUGGAAGCCCGUGCUGGGCAGGACUUCUCCAAUAAAGGGGCUCUGGGGGCCCUUUCCUGGC